CCUACGGCAUUCUAUGGCGCUGCGCAUGGGGUCGCCCAUGCAACUCCGCUGCUGCUGCAGCACGCAGGGGGGGCCCCCGUGUCUUGCUGGCAGCAAAAUGCUCCUGCUGCGGUACUGCUGCUGCUGCGGGUCGCAUGCAGAAGCACAGGGGCUCCAGGGGCCCCAGGGGCCCCCCACGCACGCCGUCGGGCAAGCUCUUGAGCCCCCAUCGCGGGGAGCUGCAGCAGCAGCAGCAGCAGCAGCAACAGCAGCAGCAGCAGAGAAUGGCGAGCACGCAUGA